UGUCGCGGAGAAGAUGGAGGGCGCAGCGUACGGAGCGGCCAGGGCCGGGGGAGCCUUCGACCUCCUCACGUUCCUCCAGCAGCCUCACACCAUCCUCCGCACGGUUUCCUGGAUUUUCUCGUUAGUAAUAUUCAGCUGCAUUGCUAACGAGGGCUACGUGAACAGGCCGGACGAGGUGGUGGAGUACUGUGUCUUUAAUCGGAACCAGAACGCCUGUAACUACGCAGUAGGAAUGGGAACGCUGGCCUUCAUUUGCUGCAUGGCCUUCUUGGCACUGGAUGUUUACUUCCCACAGAUCAGCAGCGUGAAGGAUCGCAAGAAGGCCGUGCUCGCAGACAUCGGGGUGUCAGCAUUUUGGUCAUUCGUCUGGUUUGUUGGUUUCUGCUUCAUGGCCAACCAGUGGCAGGUGGCAAAACUCGAGGACAAUCCACUGAAGGAGGGUGCAGACGCCGCUCGUGCCGCCAUCACCUUCUCCUUCUUCUCCAUCUUCACCUGGGCAGGACAGUCCUUCCUGGCUUUCCAGCGUUUCAAGUUGGGGGCGGACUCGGCCCUGUUCUCACAGGACUACACUGACCCGAGCCAAGAUGCCGCCGCCGCUCCAUACAGCGCCUUCACCAGCGGCGAAGAGCCCGAGAGCCCUGGAGGAACAGGCUCGUACCAGCAACCCAACGGAGAAGGAAUGUUUGAUGGGCCUGCAGGAUACCAGCGUCAGGAUUACUAACUACAUGAAGGAAAGGCAAUGUGGAGCUGUGUUACUUCUGGAGUUCUGUAAGGGGGUUUUCACACCUGGCUCGUUUAGAGCAUUUGUUUCGGAACCUGGUGCGUUUUUUCCCUUGGUUCGGUUGAUUUAGACAUACAUCAACAUGGCAAUCGCGCUCCGAAGCAGUUUACUGAGUUUACUGAGAACGCAGUCUGAUCUAAUGAACCAACCUGUAUAGCAAUGCAUGAUGGGAACUGCCUUAUGUAACGUGUUACAUACUGUAGCAUGUCUGUUUAGCUAACAGGCCUAAUAGCUAGCAACAUGAAUUUGAGGUUAACAUGUCUGGUGAAACUUUGACUCUUUUUAAAACUGAUAAAUUCUAGCGAAUACAGAUAAAAGCCACAGUAAGCUCACAGAGCAGCUGACUAUCCAUAUUGACUGAUGAGCGCUAUGAGCAGAACCCCAGAACAUAAACAGAUAGACUAUGGCCAAUGAGAGCGCAGUUUACUCACAUACCUGCGAGUUAUAUAAAAACAUUGCGGUAAGCUUUAAAAUUUUGCCAUGUAGAAGCAAACCGAGCCAAGGAGAGAAGGAUAGGUAACAAUUUGUCUCCUAGUUUCGGAACAAAGUACAGGUCUGGAAACACCCUAAGAGCUGUUCAACAGCCAUCACCAUGAAUUUGACAAAUUUUGAAUGUUCUCAGCCAUCUAGACAGUUUUUUUAUUUGACUUUUUUUUUUGAGUGUCAUCAUUAUGAGUGUUGGGCUUUUUAGAUAUGAAAGAAAGAGCAAUUGAGAAAAAGUAAAGAUUGAUGUUAGCCUUUAAAAAGGUAUACAGUACGCAAUUAUACCAGUUUGCCUUGAAAAUUCAUUUUAUCUGGUGUGUUGUCUGAGUAAUCCAAACCUUAUUCUUGAUGUUAUCAAUUAUAGACAUAUGUUCUGCCAAUAAGCAAGCACCACAGCAGAGGCCAUGCUGAACAAAUUACAGCAUUUACACUAAUUCCGCUUCUUACAUUAGAUCAGAUCUUACAAAUCCCAGUUUAAAAAAAAAAAGUCCGUAUUAGUUUGUAACGUGUAGAAAACGUGUCACACUGAAAAGCAAAACCGUCACCCCAUUGCCCUUAGGCCAUAAUCGCCACUUCCGCAUUAUAAUCUUUCACCACUGUAAAUGUUCGGCGGAUUUGGCAUGGCAUCUUGUCCAUACUGUGUGUAAACAGUGCUCUGUGACUAUGAUGCUGCCUUUUUGGUGAAAAUAAACGACUUUGAUGGGCAGCGAUCGUCUAAUACUACUGUCAAGCUACGAAGCUGCCAUCUAAUAGAAAAGUAAGUGUGUUUAAAAAAAAGUUUGCGAUGAUCAUUUCGUGCAUUUUAAGACUACACACGUGCUUAAAGGUACUUAUAUAUAUUAAGCUUCUGGAUAUUACCCAUUUUACGAGGUUAUUUGGCUAACUGAGACCCUUGAGACAACUGGCUUAUCGCUAAUUGUACUGGAAACUACAAAAAUACAGUAUGAGUAUUGAUGGGUAAUUCUGAAAGAACAACGCUGCGGUCUAUGUUUUAAACUAUAUGCUUUAAACGCAUAUAACGUGCUCUUGUCGACUUCACUUCACUACGUCCACGUGCGUAUCGGCUACGUCACACGAUCCCUUCUUUUUGGUCAUAUAGCGCUGCCGUUAACUAGCCUGUUUUCCUAGCUAGCACGCGAUAACUUUUGCUAACUGCGGCAGCUUGCAUGCUAUCGAGCUAGCUUAUUAAAUAUCACGCAGACAUUUUGCUGUUUGUUGUCAAUGCCACAAAGCAGCUUUAAGUAAUACUUACUUAAAUAUUAUUAAGUACAAAUUCCAAAUUGUUUCUGUAAGUAAUAAGUCCACAGGAAAUUGAGGGAAGUUCGUUAUUUACAUGAAAUUAAACAUGAAGUUCGUUAUUUACAUGUAACCGUAUACAGUACAUCACAGCAAUUCGCCAACGAUUCAAUUUUUUCAGUGUAUUAAAGAACGACGUGUUGAUUUUUAUCUGUAUAGUUAGAAUUUAGGUUGAGGAGCAUUCGCAAAAACACGACAAAUCUCAGAAUACGUGUAUUUACAGUUAUGAUAAAUUACAGAGGCAUCUUACCAAGCGCUGACCCUGAAGACUCCUUCAAAAUACAAAAAAAAAAAUUGCACGUCAGCACUUAACACCAACAAUUACACACAUUCUUAAUUCAAUUAUAAUUAGAGAUCACUAUAGAAAUCACUGUCAGACAUUUCUAGGAAAAAAUAAUGUGGUAAUGUAUCUUUUAGCGUGUUAUAAGUCUCCAUACAUAGAGGAAAAUUAACACUUUUUAGGCAAUUGUCUUCCAAAAUACAUUAUAGUUUAUAUAUUUUUUUUUUCUUAUAGCAAAUAAUUAUUGUUUUGGAUGGAUAGGGAAGCUGUAUGUUGCCUUCUUCAUUAAGGGCGUCUGUGUGUAUUCACAAAGAAAUGACGGUAAUGUAGAGAUUUUGUUGAAUAAAUGUUCAUUUUGCUGAAAAGUGUGUGUAUAAAGGAUUUUGGGACACCGUGCAUUAAUAUUCAAUCUCUGGAACUUUUGUCCCAACUGUUGUCCCAACAGCUUCUGUCCAAUCAGAAACGAGAGUUCAACGCUUUGGAAUAACUCACUUGAAAUUGUUCUUGUAGCAGUGGAUAUGGGUUGCUUGAACACAAUAGUGUUUGGGAUUCUUGAUGUCUGUCUAUAUUAAGGGUUAUUUUAUAUCUAUUCAUUAAUAGCUUUUUUUCUGAACGAGAAGUCGACAAGAGUGCAUAAAAACAGUUUUAGGCCGCAGUCUUGUUUAGACCACUCAACUGUUCAGUAGUUCCACAAGAUAAAAAUCCAAACCGCGAUUAUUUAACUUUUACAAUGGCAGAAUUAACAUUCUUCUCCAGUAUCAGCCAUCGCUGAAUUGAAAUAAAUUCAUAGUCACAUAAGCAUCUGCGAAUAGUCAUGGCUGUAAAAAUGAAAAGUUAUUUAUUGAAAUCCAUCCAUAUUUUCUGUGCUAGUGGAGCUUAUUUUUCAAGAUGAUAUUUAAGUCAUUGUUUUUUUUUUUCAGGCAAUAUUUUUUUGCUGAAUGUUUCUGAAGGAACUGACUCUUUGCUCCAAUGUCAUUUCAUAUAACAGUAUAUAUGUAAAUCUCUAAUUGAAUAUAAAACUUUAUUUUAAAACAUUAUGAUGUGAAAAGUAUACAAAACUCUGGUGUCCUUCUCGCUCGUCCCUCCUGUAUUUACGUGAACGUCUCUCUCUCUCUCUCUCUCUCUCUCUCUCUUUCUCUCUUUCUCUCUCUCUCUCUGUACUGAACAUUUAUUUCUAAAUUUGUCCAAAAAAUAUGAUUUUAUUUUGGAAUAUUACAUAUUAAAAUGAAUCAAUAUAAAACAGUUGGCAGAUGAAACUAUGUAGUUCUGUAAAAUUGUGUGACCUUCUCUGUGUUAUUCUAGAUAGGCUACAGAAAAAAAAAGGAAAGUUAAGGUCUAUUAAGUGCUACUGUUUUUGAUGUAAUGGAUUUUAUGUAUAUU